AGGAAGUAGAAUUUUUUUAUUUGGGACUCAAUAUUCGGGUGAAAAAAGCGAGGGACUCUGGAGGGACUUGUUCGCUCCGGCAGCUGCAUACGUUUUCAGGGGGUCCUUUCUUCGCCUUCAUAUUUGUGCCCCCUCCGCCCGUUCCUGCUCCCGUUGCGGUAUUUUGUCCUGAGCCGGCUCCCGUCUCUUUGUGCGGAAGCCUCCGCAGAACCAUGGCCGAAUACUCCUAUGUCAAGUCCACCAAACUAGUGCUCAAAGGAACCAAGACCAAGAGUAAGAAGAAAAAGAGCAAAGAUAAGAAGAGAAAAAGAGAAGAGGAUGAAGAAACCCAACUUGAUAUUGUUGGAAUCUGGUGGACAGUAACAAACUUUGGUGAAAUUUCAGGAACCAUAGCCAUUGAAAUGGAUAAAGGAACCUAUAUACAUGCACUUGACAAUGGUCUUUUUACACUGGGAGCUCCACAUAAAGAAGUUGAUGAGGGCCCUAGUCCUCCAGAGCAGUUUACUGCUGUCAAAUUGUCUGAUUCCAGAAUUGCCUUGAAAUCUGGCUAUGGAAAAUAUCUUGGUAUAAAUUCAGAUGGACUUGUCGUCGGGCGCUCGGAUGCAAUUGGACCAAGGGAACAGUGGGAACCAGUUUUUCAAGAUGGGAAAAUGGCUUUAUUGGCCUCAAAUAGCUGCUUUAUUAGAUGCAAUGAAGCAGGUGAUAUAGAAGCAAAAAGUAAAACAGCAGGAGAAGAAGAAAUGAUAAAGAUUAGGUCCUGUGCUGAGAGAGAAAUCAAGAAAAAAGAUGACAUCCCAGAAGAAGACAAAGGAAAUGUAAAACAGUGUGAAAUCAAUUAUGUAAAGAAAUUUCAGAGCUUCCAAGACCAUAAACUUAAAAUAAGUAAAGAAGACAGUAAAAUUCUUAAAAAGGCUCAGAAAGAUGGGUCUUUGCAUGAGAUGCUUUUGGACAGGAGAGCCAAACUGAAAGCUGAUAGAUACUGCAAAUAACCGGGAUUUUUGUUUCUGUCUUAUCUUUUUGUUUUUUUCUGAAUAAAAUAUUCAGUGGAAGCGCUUUUACAGAAUUCUUGGGCUGUUAUGGAAUUAUUGCUCAACUAGUAGUUGUUGGUUUAAUUUCUUAGUUUUUAAGAUUAAUCAAGUUUAAUCUUGAUUAGUAAAGAAUGUACUUUUUAGUCAACUGUAGUGUUUCAUGUAGAAAUGAAAUUUAGAGUACACACUUCAAGUACCAGAGUUUUUUCUUCUCUGGAUUUCCUGUCAUAAAGCAUGAAGUGCUGCUCUGAUAAACUGAUGUUUCCUGUG